AUGUAUUCCUCGACCCCACUGCUGUCAUCACCCCGACCAAAAAUAGUCGACUGGAACAAGAAAAGCUUAGAAGUUUAUGGAAUGAAUCACUUAAUCAAUGGCCCCACGACGCCGGAAGUUCUGAAAGAUUUGGUCAGCGAUCGGUGGAGGCCUCCUCACAAAUCGUGUGAGGAAGUCUAUCCGAAAAUUUAUGUUGGGAGCGAACGAGCUGCAAAGGAUGUACCGCUUUUAAAGUCGCUUGGAAUUACUCACAUUAUCAAUGCUGCAUGCACAGAGGUGAAAACUGGUGAAGUAUUUUACCUUCAGCAAGGUCAUCGGUUCACGCUACUCACCAUUGACAUUAGUGACAGUCCGACAGCUAAUAUUUCCACGUAUUUUGAAGAAGUCAACAGAUUUAUUGAGGUGGCCCUUCAUACAGGAGGAAAGGUCCUCGUACAUGGAAAGGACGGCGUGAGUAGAUCAGCCACGCUGGUCAUUGCUUAUCUCAUGAUGAGAAAAAAGCAAUGUGCCCUGGAAGCUGUGAGAAACGUUAGGAGAAAGCGGCACGUUAAUCCUACGGAUGGCUUUCUCCGCCAAAUAUGUGACCUGGACGAUAAGCUAAGGAAAGAUCAAGUCUUGUAA